AUGGCACAUGCUCGUAUCUCAGCCAACCUGCCCCCUGAUAUAGAUCCCACAAAAGCUCCUCUGGCAUUUGGAAGGAGGGCCCUUCCUAAACUGAAUGAGGAGUUAUGUUCUCCUGAGCUGCUGACUCAGCAGCGGGCAUUGAUGGCGCUUUGUGAUCUGGUCCAUGACCCAGAAAAUGUCUACCAGGCAGUAGAAGUAGGAUUCGUGGAUAACCUGAAGACUUUGCUGCUACAUCACGACAGUACUGUGCGACAAAAAACAACACAAGUGCUCUGUAUAAUGGCUAUGCAUAAUGUUGGCAGGCAAGCAUUGAUACAAAAUGGAGUGAUUUCUGCCCUCACUGAGCUCUUGGAUGAUCCAGUAGAUACCUGUCGGAAGAACACGCAUCAGAUCCUGGAAAUGACAGCAAAAUUACCUGAAGUCCUCACAAGCACUGGUGUAGGAGGCAGCGAAGGAGCAAGUAAGGGCACCAUCCAUUACACUGCAUAUUCCACAGAUUAUGGAUUAAUGUCUCUUUGA